AAAAGUUUCCUAUUUCUUGUAGAACUUGAUCUCAGCAGCUACGGGCAUGAACCUGACCACCGUGGACGACCCUACCCAGAGGAAGUUCUUACCCAGUUUUCUCCGCGGCGUAGCUGAAGAGAACAAGCUCAUCACGUCCCCCAACUUUGUGGUGACUCAAGCUUUGGUGGCGCUGCUUGCAGAUAAAGGGGCCCGGCUGCGACCUGGACCGGACAAGGCUGAUGUUGACAAGAGAGGUCUAAUUGCGCAUUUGUAUGCCCAUCCUUCCCAUAAUACUUCCGCUGUAGGCCCCCUGGAGCUGGCUAACGCUCUAGCGGCCUGCUGCUUGUCGUCCCGGCUCUCCUCUCAGCACCGGCAGUGGGCAGCACAGCAGCUGGUUCGCACGCUGGCCGCCCACGACCGCGACAACCAGAGUCGCCCACAGACUUUUGCCGACAUGGCAGGCGACCUGCGAAAGAGCUCAUUCAUCAAGCUAGAAGCUCAUCAGAGUCGGGUUAUUACGUGUGGAUGGUGCACCAAGAAAGGCUUGCUGGCCACCAGCGGAAACGACGGCACAGUCCGAGUGUGGAGCGUGACAAAGAGCCAGUACACACUGCAGCAGACCUGCGUCUUCAGGAAGGAGUAUGUUCGUUCUUUUUGAGUUUUGUAUUUUUUAUUUUUUUGCAUAACAAAGACACAAAACAAAAUCAGGAACCUCAACCCCCAGGUUGAUUUUCAAAAUAAAAGACAAAAAAAAGAAAAACACAGGUAUAAUCUAUUAGCUCUUCCACGCCGGUGGUUAUUCCGGUGUAGGUAGCAGAUGUGCUCGGCCUGUCAGAUCAGCUCGGGGG